AGUACUUGUUAUGAUAAAUAUAUAAACCAUAAGACAACCAGGACUUAGUAUCUGUGAUAAAAAAAUUUGGGUAAUUUAGAAAAACGAAACAAAAUAAUGAGUAAAUUUUUCAAUAUCAUUCUUGUUGGCUUAAUAUAUUUUAAUUCAAUUAACUGCCAACUCAAUACUGUUGAAGAAGAAGUCGAUGCCAAGCUAGUUAAAUGUGAAGUGUGUAAAGCUACUGUACAAGAAAUUGAAAAUGCUGUUUCAAAAGUUGAUACUGGAAAAAAGGUUGAUGUUGGGGGAUUCAGAAUUGAUGCUCACGGAAAUACAGUUUCUAAGAGUGUUCAAUUAUCAAAGUCUGAAGUAUAUUUGACAGAACUUAUGGAAAAAAUAUGUAAAAGACUAGAGGAUUAUGCUAAAGUUAAACAUAAAAAAACACAUAAAAUAGGAGUAAUUCAAAUGAUGGUUGAUGGCGCAUUAAAUGUUGAUGUUUCAUCGUGGGAUUUUGUACAAGAUGGCGAUUUAAAUAAAAGUUUAGAACAUUAUUGUCUGGAAAUUCUCGAUGAAUUUGAUGAAAGUUUUACUGAAGAGUUUAUGAAGGAAACACUUCCUACAGAUCUUGAUUAUAAAUUAUGUACAGAAAGAACUAAGUUGUGUAAUGAUCCACCACCACUUCAAGAUGAUUAUAAAUUAGAGGAUGAAUUAUAGUAAGUUUCAAAAUAGUUCAACAAGUAAAAACAUCACUUUUACGUGCAAUGAAUUUAAUUCGACUCCGUCAGCUCUAUUGCCUUCGAAUAAACCACCAUAUUUUUCUUUUUACUUUUAUAAAGAUAGAUAAUUUUAUAUUGCAUACCAAUGUCAA